AUGGAUAUUGACAAGAAGUCUGAGAGGAGCCAUGAGCUUGGCCUUAAGUACUUAGAGGCCAGACACCAAGAAAUCAUCGUGGUCAAGGAGGAAGAAUCUCGGAAACAGAAGGUGCAAGCUGUACUUCUGCACGAGAAAAAUGACCAGCUUGAGGACCAGCUGUCUCAGCUGAACUAUCGCAUGAAGACGAUUUCAUUCGACUACGAAGAUGCGCGCAUCAAGCUGGAUAGCAUGGAACUAAAAUGCCAGGAACAAGAAAAGCAGUUGCGCGCGCAGGUCCGCGAGCAUUCUACUCUGCGGACGGAACUGAUGUCACUCAGCAGUGUGACCCAGGACUCUACCAAGGUGUUGACAGAGAAACUUGCUCUGUCUCGUGAGAUUUCAGUUCUGAAGCCCGAAGUGGAGCAUCUGAGGUCCCAAUUGGCACACCAAAAGGAUGUGCUGGCUGAGAAGCUGGCGCUCGAACGACAGCUAAACACGCUCGAGCUUGAGCUGGCUAACGAAAAACGGGCGGCACAACGAGCAGCUCAACGACAGGAAAGCCAGGAGAGCGAGAUGGAAAAAGAGCUCCGCCAGCAGGUACAGGAUCUCGAAAAGAAGGUCGCCAGCGAGAGACGCGCCAAGGACGCGCAAAUGGAGUCCAAAACCGAAAUGCAACAACGGAUCCAGGAGCUCGAGGCGCAGUUGGGGCAGGAAACCCAGACAGCCGAGCAACGGAUGAGCAAGGAAGGCAGCAAAGCCACCGAGAAGCUCAAGAAUGCGAUAAAUGAUCUAGAGAGGGCGCUGGAGGGCGAGAAGCGCGAAAGCCAGCGUAUCCGAAAGGAGGCCGAGACGGAAUUAUCCGAAGCACGCAGCCAAACUGAGGCUCUUGAGCAGCGAGUAGCAGACCUCAAGGCGAAGUUGCGCGAAGUCCGGGACGAGCUCAAAGCCGCUCGUGUAGAGCUGGCAACGACCAAAGAGAGCGUGAACCACAUUCCCGAUAUUCCCAAGAAGACGGCCAAGACAACGACAAAGUUACAGACACAAGCGCAGCGGAAGCGGCGAGGCGCUGAACAAACCGGCCCAGAGCUCCUCCUCCAGACGCCCGGCAUUGGCGACGAAGGGCGAAUGAAGCGGCCGCUUAAGAAGAGGGGCUUUGACCGCAUAGUUGCUGUUGAGAAGUCGAACUUUUCCAUCACGCCGUUCCUCAACAAGACGGCGAGCAUGGCGGAAGACGACGUGGAGGCCGAGCCAGCCGGGCCAUCUGAAACAGAAGGCCUGGUGCCAGGGCCAGAAUCAGACGAAGCGGCAGCAUCAGCACCGGAAGACGAAGGCGAGUCAGAGUUGCAAGAUUCAAUCCUGGGUACGACCGUGACGUCGUCCAUAGCUCUGCCUUCUGUCGACGUCCCAGCAAUCGCUGCGGUAAAGUCGAAAAAGGCCGACGGUGGCGAAGCCCCCAAAAGACGUGGACGGCCACCCAAGGAGAAGGUGCUGGGUGAGAUGCUGGCAUUGAAGAAAAUUGUGCAAGUCUCGGCGUCCAGCGGAAAGGAGAGCACGGUGGCAAGAGAAGGGCCGGCUGCAGAGGCAUCUAACGAACAGGAGAACCGGCCUCCCAUCAAGGCAGCAGUGGCGAAGAAGGUGCUGGGAGCCGUAGGAUCGGUGACAACGAAAGUUGUAGCUGAGCCGGAGCCCAAGAAGAAGAAGCGGAAGAUUCUGGGCGCCAGCAACAGCACCAUCUUUAAUGAUGACGACGAUGCAGGUGUAAAGGGUAGUGUGGUGGAAGAAGCAGUAGCAGGAGCAUCCGGACCGACGGUCAAGCGCACAGCUAAGGCGCUAGGUGGCACGCGGCCUAUGGCGACCGGAGCAGGCAAGCGGACGAUGUUGGGUGGUGUUCGAAAUGCUUUUGGGGCUGUCGGUGGCGGCUUUUCACCAUUGAAGAGAGACCGACGUGGAGUAAACGCAAGUUUCCUUGCUUGA